AUGGGUACACCAGGACAUCAGCCAGCUGUGGACCGCCCUGGUACCACAACAGCUCUUCUACAUGGACAAAAACCUGACACAACCCCACCAACACAAACAGGGAACCCCUGCUUCCUCCACACACCCAGCAGGGGCUGUCUGAUGGCUGCCUGUUCACCCAAAAUCAUUUCCAAUGGCUACAACCACCACAGCCACCAUGACACAUCAAGGGGAGACUGGUCGACUAUGAUGGAAGAUGAGGAGGGUGGCUGUCUGUCCUCAGAGCUGUCCUUCCUGCUAGAGCCAAGUGAUGUGAUCGCGGUGAGGGACCGUCCACUCAUGCUGGACUGUCGGGUACAGGGCGAGGAACCGAUCAUGGUCACUUGGCGUAAAAAUGGGGUACCUUUACCUACCAGCCCGCGGGUCCGGGUGCUGGCGAAUGGCACGCUGUUCAUCCAGAGUUUCCAGAAACGCAGAGAGGGGAGUGACGCAGAUAUGGGGGAGUACGACUGCGCCGCCCAAAAUCGCUAUGGCUUGCUGGUCAGCCGCAAGGCCAAAGUUCAUUUGGCAUCUCUUCCGAAGUUCCACACCCACCCUCUGUCUAUGUCGGUGGAUGAGGGAAGCGUAGCCCGCUUCCAGUGUCAGAUCAACGGAGUACCUGAAGCUAAUAUCACCUGGGAGAGAGACAGAGCACCGCUCAACACCACCGACAACAGAUACACUCUCCUGCCGAUGGGUAUUCUCCAGGUGACAGGCGUGAGACAGGCAGAUGCAGGAGUUUUCCGCUGUGUCGCCACCAACAUCGCCAAUACUCGCUACAGCCAUGAGGCCAUGCUCAACAUCACUGGUGGGGCUCCCAGAACCUACAAGGAGCCAGUCAUCCUGUCAGGGCCCCAGAAUCUGACCAUCACUGUCCAUCAGACGGCCAUCUUGGAGUGCAUCGCCACAGGAAACCCGAGGCCAAUUGUUUCUUGGAGCAGGCUAGAUGGACGCUCCAUCGGGGUGGAGGGGAUCCAGGUACUAGGAACAGGGAACCUGAUGAUCUCAGAUGUUUCCCUGCAGCACUCUGGUGUGUAUGUGUGUGCUGCAAAUCGGCCCGGCACAAGAAUGAGACGUACUGCACUCGGACGACUCGUAGUACAAGCUCCUCCUGAGUUCCUGCAGUGGCCCCAAUCUGUGUCCAAACCAGCAGGGGGCAGUGCUGUUUUCACCUGUGUGGCCCAGGGCGUCCCUGAGCCUCACCUCAUCUGGCUGAAGAAUGGCAAGGUCCUGAUGCCCGGACACAACGUCAAGCUGACCAAUAACAACAGCACUCUGGCUCUGACCCGUAUCAGCUCAGAUGAUGAGGCCAUCUACCAGUGCAUUGCAGAGAACAGUGCUGGUACCAAUCAAGCCAGUGCCCGCCUCGCCGUGGCCCAGGUGAAAGACCUGCCCGCCGCUCCCCAGGGCCUCAAAGCCAGUGUCCUGUCAACCAACGCCCUGCAGAUCACAUGGAGCCAGCCACCCGCCAAUGUCACUGAAAGCAUCAUCGGCUACGUCCUGCACAUACGCAAGAUAGGAGAGCCUGACAGUCUGGAGCUGCAGGAAGCCAUCAGUAAAGGUACCUUCCAGCAUGAUGUGACCAACCUGGAGCCAGCCACCACCUACUCCCUCUUCUUGAAGGCCUACUCCCCUCUGGGGGCCAGCCAGCAGUCCCACACUGUGGUGACUACAACACUAGGGGGCGUGCCAACCGCUCCCACCUUCUUCACCAAGGUGGUGAACUCCAGUGCCGUGCAAGUCCUCUGGGAGCUCCCCAGUAAGGCUGGUAAGGCUGAGGGCUUUAGGCUGUCCUAUCGCAGGGUCCCCCACGCUGACUUCCAGACACCAAUCCAGCUGCCCUGUCACGUCAAUGCCCACACCAUUGCUAAUCUGGAUCCAGGCGCAGUGUAUGAAGUCAAACUGGUGGCCUACAAUGGAAACGGGGAGAGUGACUGUGCCAAGAGGCUGGUGUCGCUGGCAGAGGAAGGCUCAAGUGACAAAACCACUGGAGAGAACAGUCUGUGUCAGUGCAGGGAAGGAGAGGCCUCUCUUGGCAGCAUCGUCAUUGGCAUCCAUAUCGGCACUGCCUGUAUCAUCUUCUGUGUUCUUUUCCUCAUGUUUGGAUACCGCCGCAGUCUGUUUUGCAGUAAGGGGACUCAGGACAGCUGGUCUGUACCGAGGGACAGCAGAGGACACAACGGCAUCCCUAAAGAUGGAGCAAACCACCCCAGAGUAGAGCCGGUGCCUCAGCAGGUGGUCUGUCCAGCGCAGUACCAGGUCGUCAUUGAGCAGCACUUGUCAGGUUUGCCUGGCACGGACACUGGCUAACACUGGUCAAUGAUAUCAACACCAACAUCCCUUUCCUUCUCCCCCCAGCAGUCUACUCACUUAUGAAACCCAAGCCUCCCAUUAAUGAGCACCCUCUGUGCCCUUUGAUAGGGGUCAG